AAGCGGAGACAAAAAAAAUAUCAAGAUACAUGGUCGGUGAUACGGCCGAGUCUGUAUCUUCUCUCUUCAACACCACUCUAAACCCUAAUUCCAAAAUUCACCAAAUUAUCCCAAUUCUCCUCUUCCUUCUUCGUUUCUCUGCCCAAACCCACACACCGUGACCCAACCUCUCUCUUUAUCUCUUCGCUUUAUGGCAUCGCAGCUUGUUCACUGAUUUUGGUUUCGUGUUCGCACUGGUUGCGAAGAAUCGCUCUCAUCGAUUUUUCCUCGUGCACUGAAACUGAACUUCAGUUUCGCUUUUUGCUACAGGGAACCGUUGGAUAUUAGAGUCGUGAUCAUUGCAUUGUGAAAUUUGUAUAAAUAUAUUUCAAAACCAGCUUUCUGUUCAUGGCUGGAUUGUUGCUUGGUGAUGCCUCUCAACAAGGAGCACAUCAAGUUGGUUCUCAAAGAUACUCUGAAGAGAAGCCAGAGGAUGGAUCAAGAUGGUAUUUUUCUAGGAAGGAGAUUGAAGAAAAUUCACCAUCCCAAGGAGACGGCAUAGAUUUGAAGAAAGAAACAUACCUACGCAAAUCAUACUGUACAUUUCUGCAAGAUUUAGGCAUGAGACUUAAAGUACCUCAAGUAACUAUUGCAACAGCAAUAAUAUUUUGCCAUAGAUUCUUUCUGCGGCAGUCCCAUGCAAAGAAUGACAGGAGGACCAUUGCAACAGUGUGCAUGUUUCUUGCUGGCAAGGUUGAAGAAACUCCCCGCCCAUUGAAAGAUGUGAUACUUGUUUCAUACGAAAUUAUUAAUAAGAAAGAUCCGACAGCAGUUCAGAGAAUCAAACAGAAGGAAGUGUAUGAGCAGCAGAAGGAGUUAAUUCUACUUGCAGAGAGGGUUGUUCUUGCAACUCUUGGUUUUGAUUUUAAUGUGCACCAUCCUUAUAAACCUCUUGUUGAGGCAAUAAAGAAAUUUAAAGUUGCUCAAAAUGCCCUUGCUCAAGUUGCUUGGAAUUUCGUAAAUGAUGGACUUCGGACAUCUCUUUGCUUGCAAUUUAAGCCCCAUCACAUUGCAGCUGGAGCUAUAUUCCUUGCUGCCAAGUUUCUAAAGGUGAAGCUCCCAUCAGAUGGGGAGAAGGUCUGGUGGCAAGAGUUUGAUGUCACCCCACGCCAAUUGGAGGAAGUAAGUAACCAAAUGCUUGAGCUGUAUGAACAAAAUCGAAUGCCGCCUUCCAAUGACGCCGAAGGAACUCCAGGAGGUGCGGCUUCCAACCGAACCUCUGUAAAAGCGCCAACUAGUAAUGAUGAAACUGCAGCUGCAAACUGUAAUUCCCAGACUGGAGGCACAAGUUUUAGACCUGAAACGUCAAAGCCUUCAUCUUCUAAGACCAUAUUUGAUUCAUCUGGCUCUAAUCAGGUUGGCCGCCCCAUCUCAAAUCCUGGUAGAAGCAGUGAUUACGGGGCUGUAGAAGUGAAGCACCGAGUGGAAGAUGAUGUCAAAGUUAAUCAACAACCUGAGCAGGAACCUCUUCCUUAUAAGGAAAACAUUCAGCAAGCUCAAGAUGCAGUGAGAUCUCGAUCUGAUAACGGUGAGAAAGAGCUAGAAAACAAUUUUCAUAGAACUGAAACUAAAGAGCAUGCUGAAUUGAGAGAUAAACAUAACAGCAGAAACUCAGAUCACAGGGAUAGUAUAAUCAACAGGCCUCCUCAAGAAGCCAUAAAAAAGAUCGAUAGAGACAAGGUAAAGGCUGCAUUAGAAAAACGAAGGAAAGCAGCUGGUCAUAUAACCAAAAAAACAGAUAUCAUGGAUGAUGAUGAUCUCAUUGAGAAGGAACUGGAAGAUGGAAUAGAAUUAGCUCCUCAGAGUGAGAAGAGUAAACAAGAUAGAAGGCAGAACUGGUCUAAGCUCUCAGCAGAUAGAUCAGACUAUGAAAACACACAUGUGAGACAACAAGAUCAUGCAGACGAGCAACCUCAUGGAGUAAAGAGUUUUCCAUCGCGCGAACCAGAUCCAACUGCAGUGGAAGAAGGUGAGGUGUCAGCUUUUGAAGACGUCAGCAUAGGUCUUUCGUCACCCAAGUCAAACCACCGCAAGAGGAAAGCAGGAAGCUCACCUGAUAGAGUGGCGGAGGGGAAACAGCGACAUAAUUAUGGCCCUGGAUCUCACCACAAUAAUCGUUCUGAUUAUGUUGACGAUCGGAGUAAGGUCAGCAGGCUAAGCCAUACUGAGAGAGACAGCAAAAGGCACGCACAGGAAAACCAUGUAUGAACAUGGAGUAGUUAUUAUUCUGAAAUAUUUCUGGUCAUAGACUCCUUAGCCGUCAAUGUAACUCUCUCAUAGAGGAAUUUUACAUGUUGUAAGGACUUGAAAACAAAUUCAAUUUGAUUGGAAGGACUCAUGUCAUUUCCUCAAUUUAUGGACAUUUGGGAAAGAACUGUAUCAUAGAAGGUAAGUGUUAUAAUAUAUAUUAGAGUGAGACUUGUAAUGUAAGGUCUAUUUUCCCUCAUGAUCCAUGUUUUUGAUGAUUACCCCCUGUGAAAUAAUUGUAUUAGGAUGAUUAUAAAUUCUGAUUAUUUUGUAUGACAUUUAGUGUUAAGCUCGUUUGUGAUAGGAUGAA